AUGGAUGUGGAUCAAUCAUCUGAGUCCUGGAUGUCCAUAGAUGCAUUGGAUGAUAUCUACCUUGGGCCAGAUGAGGACUUGGACUCUGAUUCUGGGUCAUCGAAUGCUCAAUCAUAUCCAGUGCAGGCUGAUGAUCUCCCUCUCUUCAAUGAUCCGGACUUGUAUCUUGAGCCUGAGGAUGACAUUCCUGCUCGAUCAUAUCCGGUGGGGGCUGAUGAUCACCCUCUAUUCAAUGAUCCGGACUUGUAUCUCAGGCCCAAGGAUGAUUUGAUUGAGUUUGAUGAUCCUCCGGUUGUACCAGAUUCACCAAUGACUGUGAAUGAAUUAACUCCGGACACUCAAGCGGCCACUCCAGCUGCUCCAGAGGCCCCAUUAAGUUCGAGUUCAACCACUCCCAAAUAG